CAUGCAUACGGGACCUACAAUGUUUAGUUCUGCCGGGAUCUCUAGCGUGGUAAAUCGAUGCGUUGUCUACUCGCACGCACGCAAUGUCUAAGUCACUCUUGCGUAAAAGUUUGAAAUUAUUUGCGGAACCUAACGAGUCAGGUCUGCACCCAGGUAAGAAACAGAAGAAAAAGAAACGUAAAGAUGCUCUGUAUGCGGGUGCUUUAGAACUCAUUCCUGCUAAAUAUAGGUUUACUUCCAAAGAAGACAAAGCAGCUAUUAAUGCUAUCUUGGGCAGAUCCAACAGAGUUACCGUUGAGGAAGUUAAGAAACAUCUAGCAUCUCAGAAAGAUCCUACUGAGGAAAAUGUUCAACAACUUCUUUCACUUAAAACUAAUCAAUUAAGUUCUGAAAUGUCGAACAAACUGUUGCAACGUGCUGUAAAGAAACAAAUGAAGAGGAAAGAAAAAUCGAAGGAUAAACUCAAUAAGCCAAAGGAAACAGCUUUCACAGAAGAAGAUUUCAAGAAGUUCGAACAAGAAUAUAUAAAGUAAUUAACGUCGGAUUAUAGAGACAACAUGACAAAUUAAUAGAGUUAUAAAACAUCAGCAAUGUUCAGUAGUGACUGCCAAAGGGGAAAAGCGGUAUUGAUAUUGA